AUGCAGAUCCGCUAUCCUUUUGCAGGAGCUUUCAUUUUCCUCCUAAUCCUCGCCGGAUAUAUUGGUCUUCUCCCACAUAGCACCUCGUCGUCAAUCCCCACGAGUCUCCAACCAAAUGACAAGUUCCUCCACCUAUGCACCUUCUUCUUGUUAUCCGUCACCUUCUACUGGAUCUUGGACACCACGAGGCGACGCACUCUUCAUAUGACCCUACUAGUCUGCACACUCGGUCUAGGAAUUGGUUCCGAGAUUGUACAAGGCUUCCUUCCCAAUGACCGAGGCUUUGACCCAUUCGAUGUCGUCGCCAAUGUUGUCGGUAGCCUCGGCGCUGUGGGUCUGUGCGGCUGGUACCACCGUCGCAUGCUAGACCGUCGUCGCAAGAACCGUUUUGGUGUGAUGGAUGGUGGAGAGGAGGAUGUCGAGCUUGGUGUGGGUGUGGGUGGCUCCCGGGAAGAGGAUGGGCUGGGACCGCAAGAAUCUGGGGUGAUGAACUUGGAGCAAGAGGUGGAUAAUUGGGACGAGAAUGCCGUCGAUAAUUGGGAUGACGAGGAUGGUCCGGAAUUGACCGAGCACCAAGCUGCACCCCCGGGUUACCAUGAAAGCCAACCCGCUGGAGAGGUCACUACGAAACGUAGCGACUGA